AAGUACGAAAAUGCCACUGAACCAGGCAAAUAAUAUCAUUGGAUUGGAGUCGUAGGGUUUUAUCUCUACACUUUGAAUCAAACAAGUGCAAGGCGAAGAAGAACGCAGGGAAGGUCCAAUGGCGGCUAAGGCGAGAAACCCUCAGAAGACCCGAAACCCUGAUCUGAUUCGGGGCGUGGGUAAGUAUUCUCGCUCGAAGAUGUACCACAAGCGUGGUCUCUGGGCCAUUAAGGCCAAAAACGGUGGCGUUUUCCCUCACCACGACCCCAAACCGGCCGUUGAAACCUCGAACCAGAAGGCUCCCAAGUUCUACCCCGCUGAAGAUGUCAAGAAACCGCUUAUCAACAAGCGAAAAGCCAAGCCCACCAAGCUCAGGGCAAGUAUUACUCCUGGAACAGUAUUGAUAAUUCUUGCUGGUCGCUUUAAGGGAAAGCGAGUUGUAUUCCUUAAGCAACUCUCAUCUGGGCUCCUCCUUGUUACUGGGCCAUUUAAAUUAAAUGGAGUUCCAUUGAGACGUGUGAAUCAAUCCUAUGUGAUUGGAACUUCCACCAAGGUUGACAUUUCUGGGGUCAACUUUGAUAAGUUUGAUGAUAAGUACUUUGCCAAGGAAGCUGAAAAGAAGAAGAAGAAAGGAGAAGGAGAGUUUUUUGAGGCAGACAAAGAGGAAAAGAACCAGCUUCCACAACAAAAGAAAGAUGACCAGAAGUCUGUGGAUACCGCAUUGAUCAAAUCAAUUGAAGCAGUACCAGAACUGAAAACCUACUUGUCAGCUAGGUUUUCUCUCAAGUCAGGCAUGAAGCCCCAUGAGCUAGUCUUUUAGAUUACAGGAUAUUUCUCACAGAGGACAAUUUUCUGUUCUGGACUAGUUUGAUUUAAAUUAUAAGUGAUUGUUUUUGGAUAUUUGCUGUCAAAGCACAAAGUUUUUGUAUUGAACUGGUGAAAUUUUUUUAUAGUUCGUAACCUUGAUCCACCUAUAUAUUCAGAUAUAUACUUUUCUUGCAA